GUCACAGAAGGCAUCGCGAAGCCAGUGAAGCAAGCAGGACGGCGGAAGUAAAUCCGCCCAAUCCGUGGAUAUCGCGCAAGUGUGGUUUCUGACGUCGCGGAGACCUGAGUUUACAAUGCCUCGGAGCGGGCGUCGCAAUGGACCGCACCUUCCUUCUCCACUGCACUGCUCUUUACAAUGCCUUUGUUCAACGCCACCAUACAAAGCCUAUUACGCUCCGGUAAUCCGGCGACAGACCCUUCUCAGAAAGCCCAACUCAAUCUGUCAUCAGAUAUUCGAUGCCCUCAUGGACGACACUCAGCCACCGGCAUCAGAGGCAUCGCCUCUACAGAUGAACGUCAUGGGCGCUUCACGCAACCCGGAAUAUAAUCUUGGCGUCACGUCGCCUCGCUUCAAACGCCGGCAAGAUGGCAAACGUAUCGCUCCGGUGUCGCAGCUCAACACUUACACCGGACGCAUGCUCGCACGGGAGCAGACUACGAAGACCGACAGUUACACCGAAGGCCUUGCCCGCCCGGCCGAAACAACCCAACACGCUCGACUAAUCGCCGAGAAUGCCUCAGCGCCGCAAGUUGAACGGCAUGAAAAGGCUGCAUCAUCCCUCUUCCGGAAUCAUAGUGGCGAUGUCCUGUCGGAAAUGGAGCAUGCUCGUUCCGACAUUCCUACCAACAACAAUCUUUCUGACCGCGACCGGCUUACAUCUCAAAGGCCGCGAACUGAACUAUCUCAGCUGCUCGGCAUGACUCGCAGUAGCUCCCGGAAAGGCACCAUUCAGUCUCAGAAGGAAGCCAAUCCAGCGAGCACCACUAAACCCCCAUGCUCCGAAUGUGGACAGUCUGAGGCCAACCACAAGGCCUCGACGAGCUUUAGCCAUAUCUGCAACACAUGUCGCCGCUUUGUCCCGGCAAAGAAGAUCACGGCCUUACAAAUCUCGACUUCAGCGGAUCGGCCUCUUCCAGCAGAACCGGCGAAGCCUGCACCUCCUUCCAAAGCCCCACGAUCCGUCAAGUGCAACACGUGCCUCCCGAUUCCAAGCUAUCUUUACGAGGAGUACCUGCGUUUCUUCCCGCCAUGCGCGAUCUGUGGCUACAUGACAGAUAUGACGCUCGCCGAUCUGGUUGCCCAUGAAGGUGAAGUUAAGGGAAUAUCUGACAAAAUUGGCAAGCGCGUCUACGGCCCAAGCAAGGAGUUGCAAGACUGGUGCGUAUAUGUCGUAUUCAGUAGCCGUAGCGUCAGCCGGCACGAUUCGAAGAAGAGUGUGGCUGAGAGCAUCGCGUCGACCGAGUCGUCAAGGCUGAGGCGGAGGGGCGCAGUCAAGCGGGCGGGGACCGGUAGUACGAGGUCAUCCAUUGCGAGCGCUGGGAGUGGGAAGUCGACCCAUCCUGGUUUGAUACCUCUCGAUGAGGGAGGAAGGGAUAUCAGGUAUGCAAGGCAGUUCAGCUUCGAUGCUCUUCCGAAGCAGGAAUCCUCGCCCUGCUCUCCGACCCAACGUCAGCGUCAUACUUCAGACCAUCCUGAUAGCCCGACGUAUCUCCCUUUUCAUGGGACUAGGCGUCACUCGGUUGAUGCUCACCACAUGCGCAACGUACCGCAAGCACGUGGGAAUCCAAUGGUCGCCGCCAGCGAUCAGAGUACGCGUCCUAUGGCGUCGCGAACGUUUUCGGAUAUGUUUGGAGAAGAAAGACAAUCCUAGAAAAGAUCAUUUGAGCGUCUAUUCUCAACCUGGCAAGCGAUUUGAUGGAUACUCUCGUGGCAAUCUUGCAUCUUAUCUAGAUCUUGAAUUCUUUGGAUAGUAAUAAGAAUCUGCCAGGGUAUGCAAAGAUUUUGCUUUUCCAUCCUUAUCCGCU